AGGAGGGGGAACCGCGAGGAGGCCCCGCCCCCGCCUCGCGGAGCCGGCUCUCCGCCGCCUCCGAACCCGCUCACUUUGCCUCGCCUCUGGACGGCGGCGGGGCGGUUGCCGGAACCGCGGCCAGAGGGAGCGCCGGGGACCGUAAGCCAUCCCGCACCGGUGCCUCCGCCCGCCGCCCGCGCCCCUCACGGGGGGCACAGCGCCGCCGCUUUGAAAGGACACCCUGGCCUCGCAGGGGGGCACCCCCCCCCCCCCCCAGGCGCUGACAGUCUCAUUCCCAGCCAACGGGGCGCAGCGCUGACGCCUGAGGGGACUCCCCGGCCACCUGCAGGUACCGCCGCGCCGAGGGAGCGUCGCUAGCAGCAACGCCUGGCCGCGGAGGAGGCUAGAGCCGAGGGGUCUCCGGGUCGGCGAAGGACAGGAGCGGAGCCCGCAGCGAGAGCCGGCCGGCCAGCCCGCGGGCCCCGACGGCGCGCUCCCCCGUCGGCCAACGGCAGGCAGGCCCCGCGCGGCGACCGGGGGGGGGGGGGGGGCGGCGGCGGCCUCGGGCCUCGGGGCCUCGGGGCGGCCAGCCAUGACCUUCGGGCGCAGCGGGGCGGCCUCGGUGGUGCUGAACGUGGGCGGCGCCCGGUACUCGCUGUCCCGGGAGCUGCUGAAGGACUUCCCGCUGCGCCGCGUGAGCCGGCUGCACGGCUGCCGCUCUGAGCGCGACGUGCUGGAGGUGUGCGACGACUACGACCGCGAACGCAACGAGUACUUCUUCGACCGGCACUCGGAGGCCUUCGGCUUCAUCCUGCUCUACGUGCGCGGCCACGGAAAGCUGCGCUUCGCGCCGCGGAUGUGCGAGCUCUCAUUUUACAACGAGAUGAUCUACUGGGGCCUGGAAGGCGCGCACCUAGAGUACUGCUGCCAGCGCCGCCUCGACGACCGCAUGUCCGACACCUACACCUUCUACUCGGCCGACGAGCCCGGCGCCCUGGGCCGCGACGAGGUGCGACCGGGCGGUGCCGAGGCGGCCCCCUCCAGGCGCUGGCUCGAGCGCAUGCGGCGGACCUUCGAGGAGCCCACGUCGUCUCUGGCCGCGCAGAUCCUGGCCAGCGUGUCGGUAGUGUUCGUGAUCGUGUCCAUGGUGGUGCUGUGCGCCAGCACACUGCCCGACUGGCGCGCCGCGGCGGCCGAUAACCGCAGCCUGGAUGACCGGAGCAGGUACUCCGCCGGCCCUGGGAGGGAGCCCUCCGGGAUAAUUGAAGCUAUCUGCAUAGGUUGGUUCACUGCAGAGUGCAUCGUGAGGUUCAUCGUCUCCAAAAACAAGUGUGAGUUUGUCAAGAGACCCCUGAACAUCAUUGAUUUACUGGCAAUCACUCCGUAUUACAUCUCCGUGUUAAUGACAGUAUUUACGGGCGAGAACUCUCAACUCCAGAGGGCUGGAGUCACCUUGAGGGUGCUUAGAAUGAUGAGGAUUUUUUGGGUGAUUAAGCUUGCCCGUCACUUCAUUGGUCUCCAGACACUUGGUUUGACUCUCAAACGAUGUUAUCGAGAGAUGGUUAUGUUACUUGUCUUCAUUUGUGUUGCCAUGGCAAUCUUUAGUGCACUUUCUCAGCUUCUUGAACAUGGGUUGGACCUGGAAACAUCCAACAAGGACUUCGCCAGCAUCCCUGCUGCCUGCUGGUGGGUGAUUAUCUCUAUGACUACAGUUGGCUAUGGAGAUAUGUAUCCUAUCACCAUGCCCGGAAGAAUUCUUGGAGGAGUUUGUGUUGUCAGUGGGAUUGUUCUCUUGGCAUUACCUAUCACUUUUAUCUACCAUAGCUUCGUGCAGUGUUACCAUGAGCUCAAGUUUAGAUCAGCUAGAUAUAGUAGAAGCCUCUCUGCUGAGUUCCUAAAUUAAUGCAUUGCAAAUCAAUUCUUGCAUCCACUUCGUUUGAUAGAAAGAGUUGACUCUCCUUCCUAGUCAUCAUGUGCUUCUUGCUGGGUGAGUGCUGCAGUGGUACUACCAUCAUGUUGGUAGGGUGAAAAUUACCCUUCCCAGCUGAAGGGGUGAAAAAAUGUACUUAUAAUGGAGUAAGCAGGAUUGAGACCGUGAAGGGAAAACAAUGACUCCUAGAAUAAAUUUUAGGACCUUAUUUUAUUUAUGCCUGUCUUCUUCUUGCCUUGAACAAUUACACUUUUCGUGUUUGUUUUAAAGUAUAGUAUGUGAACGUUUUAAAGCCAAAAGGUACCAUUUUCCAAAUGUUUUCCCAUCUUAUGAAAUUCAGAAGAAGCUUGGAAGUUACAGUGUUUUUUUUUUUGUUGGAGAGUAACAUUUUUAUUUCUAAAUGUUUUAUAAUCUCUCAUAUCAAUGUCAGAAGUAUCCUGGAAACAUAUGUCACAUGCAGGAACUGUUUAACAAAUACUUUAAAAAUUUGGCCAAAUUUUAAACUGUAUAAUGGAGCUAGAUAUGAGCAAGGAUAGUAUUUGAAAAACUUUCCUAGCAUAUUUCUCAAUUCCCUGAUUUAUUUUUGUUUCUAUUGUUCACCUUAUCAUACAGCUUUACGGAAGCUUGAACAUGUUUUCUUUUUUCCGUUUUGGAUUUCUUUUAUCUUUUUACUGAAGUGACUCAACAGAGUAUUUCAGAAUGAGGGGAGCUUGUAUUGUUUUAGCAUUUUAUUGGAGUUCAUUUUACUUGAAUUCAUUCACUGCUGUGACUAGGUGAUAAUUGUCCUAACAUUCAGAUGUCCAAACAAGAAUAUUUCCAACAUAGGAAUGAUAAUAGAAAUAGUUUGAUAUUACAACCCAUAUUUAUCUACUUCUGCUCUUAAUUUUUUUCCGUGGGUUUAAUAAGACUUAGCAGAUGAAAGGAUGUUUAUGUAGCCUUUUUAUACCAAAGUCAUAUUUAGAUGUUGUCACGGGAUUAUCAUAAAAAGAGAAAUUAAAUAUUUCCUUACUCUUGGUUGCUAUGUAGCUAAGCCAGUUUUAAGCCAGCUAAAAGCAGUGAAUACAUAAUUGUUUGAUCUGAGCUUCACCAUGUUGAAUUGCAGCUACACCAAAACUUCUUGUAACAAUAUUGAACAAUAUGCCACAUUAAUCUGGGUAGAUUAUUAGGAUUAGAUAAUAUAAAACUGUUGACUGUUUAGUGCUAAAAUUUAGCAAUAUGAAUUAAGAUUUUGCUUUGUUAACCAGUUGCCAUAAAGAAGUUAAUAUAUAAACACAAAAAAUUAAAGUCAUAGAUUCACAAAUAAUUUAAUGUUAUAUACUGCAAUUUAGUGGGAGUGGAGAGGGUGGGUGGAGAGGAGAUGGGGCCUGGAUAUAUUUAUUACAGAACAGAAGUGUUCAUUAAAAGAAUAUUAGCUAUCAUCUAGUUCAAACGUCAACUAGCACAAGCAGACAACCAGGGCAAGAGAGGAUAUGACUGUGGAGGAAUUAGGGCCAAAACCUGGAUGUCUAAAAACCUACUUAGCCCAGCAGCUUAUUCUUAACACAUGUUUAGGGUUUGAGAAAAGCCUCAAGAAGCCACACUUCUUUGCCAUUGCCAUUGCUGGGGUAAUAAUAGCAAAACCAUUCCUUUUCCCUAAUUUCUGAGUUUAUGUGACAUUUUGGCCAUGAAAAGAAUCUCACCCCAUCUUUUUUACUAUUGCACACUGGUAUUGGUAUGCUGCUUAUUAUAUACUCAAAAUAAAUUCUGUUAUUUAUUGUCUACUUAUUGUAUUUUAAUAUAUUUGAAAUAAAUGGCAUGGAUUUAUUUUUUCUUACCUAUUUUGAUUAGGGCCUUGUGGUUCAUGCGAAUAAUAUGCAGAUGAAAGCAUCCCCAUAUUACUAAUAAAAACAUGGCAGCCAUCCAUUUUGCUGGCACUGAGAAGCCUUCAUGGAAGUAUGUCUUAUGUCCCCAAAUAAAUUAUAAUUAUCUUGAGGGCUGGGGCCCUCUUUCCGGCACACACCUUCAUAGCCCCACAGCGUCUGUGACAGGUUUGGGCACAUGCUAUCGUUGACUGAUUUGGGGGGAGAGAUUUCUGUGUGAAGAGGCAAGGAGAAGCCCACACCCACAAGUGCACAUGUAGAGCCGCAUGUGUGAACACACACACACACACAGACUUUGAGGCUGCCCUUAAGGAACAAGAAAUCUCCUGUUGGUGGUGACAGACCAAGGACGUCUAAUGACUAAUCCAGCUACCCAUUUACUAAGAAUGAUGAUAAGAAAUUAUAGAAUACUUCAUGAGUUAAGAGACUGUAUCAUGGACAUUGUAAUUUUUGAGGAACAGAGGCGUUUUUCUUGAAACUUUUCCCUGAAUGUUACUGCUUUUAAAAAAGCCAUUCAGUAGGGCGAUUUUUCAGUUGUGCAUUUGGACGUUUCUCAUAACUCCAUCGUCACAGCACAGAUACUUUCAUUAGGAUCUGUGUUAAUACCAGUAAGUCAGAUGUUAUCCUAAAUUAUUAGAAUGCUCAGUGAGGAAAGAGGAAACCCGAAUGUUGGUUCUGGUUUUACCAAAUGUGAGAUUGUAACUUAACCUUAGGUAUAUCUUGUUUUGUAUCCUCUAAGAUGGUGGGGUUUUUUCCAGAUUAAAGAUACAAAUUACAGAAUGCCUUUAAAAGCCAACAUACUCUUAACAAUGCAAGGCCUUAUUUAUCUUUUUCUUUUAUGGCUCUUUUGUACUGUGGGUUGCUGGUUGAAACUGGCAUUUGCAUUUGCUUGGCUCUUGGUUUUCGCAGUUACUUGUCACCACACAUUUGUAAGUUCUUCCUUUCUUAAAAAAUGUAGAAAUACGCUCUUUCACAGUGGCUGUCAGUAAGUCAAAGUAGUAUUCUGUUUUUAAGUUUUGGUCCAGAUGUCUUCCUUAGGUCUCCUGUGACCUGGGAGGUGGGGAAGAUGGGGUUACAUUGGAUAUUGGUGUUGGAAGGAUUUCCUUUGUUGGCUUGAUAUUUUCUAAAAGCAGCUUAUUUUUCCUCUUUGUUAUAGAAAUGAAAAAUAAAAAACUGAAACCUCCUA